AUGGAUCGAUCACAGAAAUCCUACUAUCUGCUGCUGCUCCUCACCGUUGGAAAUGUUGUAUUCAUGUUGUACAAUCUGAGUUCUACCUUCUCCAGUGAAUAUGCAGAGACUUCUAUCGAAGGAAUGAGCAAAAUGAAGAAGAAACACAUGAUUCGACCUCAUGAUAUGAAGAAGAUGUUUAUCUACAACACCCACAGUUGGGAUGCUGCCCCAAUCGUUGUUGAAGAAUACAAACUCAUUUUCUUCGCAGUCGGCAAAGUUUCCUGCACAGUUUUCAAACAGUUGCUCCGCCGAAUGAUGGAUUUGGACGAUUGGAGAGAAGACUCCGGACCUUUGCCGCACAAUCCUAAUAAAAAUGGUUUGAAAUACCUCUAUCAUUAUCCUCCUGGAAAAGCAUUGGAAAUGCUGACAUCGACCAACAAAGGCUGGUCCAGAGCGAUCUUUGUGAGGGAUCCCUUGGAACGAUUAUUAUCUGCCUACCUUGACAAGGGAAAGCGAAAGAAUGGAAGCUACAUGGCCAAACACUGUAACAAGGAGCAUCAGGUGGACUUUUCAUUCGAGGAGUUUGUUGGCAUUGUCUCCUCGAGUUGCAAGCACGACCCACACUGGGCGCCUCAGAUCCAACGAAUCGAUGCACCGUUUUGGCAGCACAUUAACUUUGUCGGGAAAUUUGACACCUUGCAAAGCGACACCAAGAAAUUGUUGAACCGUGUUGGGGCAUGGGAAGACUUUGGUGAGUCGGGAUGGGGACCAAAUUCCAAUGAGACCAUAUUUUCAAAAGCCACACAUGCAAGGCAUGAAACUGGUGCCUCUGGACACCUUGAAGAGUACUACAACAGUAGUUGGGUAAGGAAGACUGCACUUCAAUUUUACGGCAAGGAUUACGCUUGUCCUUGGUUCAAGUUUAGAAAGCAAAUUGUGGAGUACCGGUAG